AUGGAGCGCCAGGCCGCCGGGGGCCGGGCGCCGGGCGCCGGGGAGCCGCCGCCCAGCACGCCUAGCGCGCCCAGCCCGGGGGUUGGCUUUGCUCCCAUUGACUCCUUGACUCAGGAACGAGAGAUCAAGAGGGCUGAGGAUGGACUAGGCAAUGAUGCCCAGAGUACUCUUAAUGACAGUCCCACCCCUGAGGAGGAAGGCUUCGAUGUGGAUGAUGAGGAGUCAGGCGGUGAAUCUGGUGCCUGGGAGCUGCCCGAAGAGGUGACAGGCGGCCAUGUCCAGGAGCAGGCGGCUGAUCUCUUUACUGAGGACUGGGACUUGGAACUGAAAGCAGAUCAAGGGAACCCAUACGAUGCCGAAGACAUCCAGGGCUGCAUUUCUCAAGAGAUCAAACCUUGGGUGUGCUGUGCCCCACCAGGAGAUAUGAUUUAUGACCCCAGCUGGCACCACCCGCCUCCACUGAUCCCCCAUUAUUCCAAGAUGGUCUUUGAAACAGGCCAGUUUGAUGAUGCAGAGGACUGAGCUGCAUCUUCUGCCCUCUGUGGCCUGGACUGUCCUGUUCCAGGUCUCUCUUCUGUUCUCUGAGGUGAGAUGCUCUGUCUGAAGAGACAUUCCCUGUGAUCCCCAAGUGAGGUACAGAUCCUUGUCUAAGUAAGUCCCUGUCCCCCUGUUCUGUUGUUGUUUUUAAAUAUACUCCUCCUUGGAAUGUGUGUUUGUUUCUAUCAGGAGGAAGAAUUGUGUUCUUUAUAAAUAAAGACAGAAAAAAAAA